AUGGAUGUUAAUAAUUUCUUUCUCUAUGGUGAUCUCCAUGAAGAAGUCUACAUGACUCCUCCUUCGGGCCUUUGUCGACAGGGGGAGAGUAAUUUGAUUACUUGUGCUACAUCAUUUACUGUUGCUUUAAUCUAUGUUGAUGACAUGGUGAUCACAGACAAUGACGAGAGUGCUAUAUAUAAUUUGAAGUAUUUUCUUUAUAAUCAGUUUCGUAUUAGAGAUUUGGGCCAUUUGAAGUAUUUUCUUGGGCUAGAGAUUGCAAGAUCAAAUGCGAGAAUUGCAAUCUCCCAACAAAAGUACACAAUUGAUAUCCUCGAUGAUGCAGGUCUUCUAGGUGCUCAAUCAGUAAACUUUCCUAUGGAGCACAACAUGAAGCUCGCAACCAGUGAUGGUGAAGUGCUCAAUAAUCCAUCGCGGUUUAGACGAUUGGUGGGGCGAUUAAUCUACCUUACAAUCACUAUACCAUAG